AACUGUUGUAACCUCAAGACACCACAGACGAAGGGAGGCUCACACUAAAAAGUUUAAUCCUUCUCUGAUAUCUUUCUCUUUAUAUAUAAAAAUCGAGAUGACCAGAGGAAAACCACUUUAGUGAAAAUAUUUUCUCUUUCAAGAAUCAAAAUAUUUUCUUAGGGUUUUAUGAUUCUAUAGAGAGAAUUACAGACAAGUGUGAAUAUGUCCACCACCACCGAUAGGGUUCCUGUUGAGGUUUGUAAGGGAAUUAAUGGUCUUGAGAAAGUCAUCUUAAGAGAAGUUCGUAGUUCGGCUGAGGUAUAUCUGUAUGGAGGUCAUGUGACGUCUUGGAAGAAUGACCAUGGGGAGGAGCUGCUGUUCGUCAGCAGUAAGGCCCAAUUUAAGCCCCCAAAGGCCAUUCGUGGUGGCAUUCCAAUAUGCUUUCCUCAGUUUGGAGGUCAAGGAAAUCUUGAACAACAUGGGUUCGCAAGAAACAAGAUUUGGAGCAUUGAGUCUGAUCCACCUCCAUUUCCAACUGUUAACUCCAAUAAGGCUUUUGUUGAUUUGAUUCUCAAACCGACCGAGGAUGAUAUAAAGACUUGGCCUCACAGUUAUGAAUUUCGUCUAAGAAUUACUCUGGGUCCUGGUGGAGAUUUGAUGCUAACAUCCCGCAUCAGAAAUACCAAUACUGAUGGGAAACCGUUUACUUUCACAUUUGCGUAUCACACCUAUUUCUCCGUUUCUGAUAUAAGUGAAGUAAGAGUAGAAGGACUUGAGACAAUCGAUUAUCUGGACAACUUGCAAAACAGGGAGCGAUUUACUGAACAAGGAGAUGCCAUAACAUUUGAGGGUGAAGUGGAUAAGGUGUAUGUAAGCACACCUACUAAAAUUGCAAUUUUGGACCAUGAGAAGAAGAGAACAUUUGUGUUGCGGAAAGAUGGACUUCCAGAUGCAGUGGUAUGGAACCCUUGGGACAAGAAGGCAAAGGCUAUGGCUGAUUUCGGGGAUGACGAAUAUAAGCAUAUGCUGUGUGUGGAGGCUGCAGUGGUGGAGAAACCCAUCACCCUGAAACCUGGAGAGGAGUGGAAAGGAAGGCAGGAACUGUCUGCGGUUCCUUCCAGUUACUGCAGCGGUCAGCUGGAUCCACAAAGGGUUCUCCAGACCAGUUGAAGAAAGAUUCUAUCCUUUCCGGUGCCAUAUCCUGUACAGAGUGUAUGUCAAAAUUCUGGAAUUGGAACUUGACAAGUGAAUGAAUUCUGGCCCAGGUUGUCUUCUCUCUUUUUUUUUUGCUGGCAAGGGGUGGGGAAGGAUUCGUCAGUGCAGAAGUUUCCAUUAAAUAAAAAAUUUUCUUCUUUUUUUUUUUUUUUGAUUUCUCUAUGGACUAUACUACUCUACUCGGCAAAGUCUAAAGGCCAAAUAUCGCUUUUAUAAGACGAGAUAAAAGAAUCUCUGGCAACCAGUAACAGAUUUUUUCUUCUUUUUUUUGUAUACAAUUUUUCUUUCUCUUCUAUUCUUAAGAACAUCAUAGAAGGGGAUCGAUAUCAUAUGGGGUGGUAGUCAUGUGAAAGCUUUGGAAACCCAUUUUCACCUACUGCUAUGAACUAUGGACUUUUUUUUUUUCGCCAUGUCAAAUCCCAGAGUGUUUGGUGAUUAUUAUAUAUAUAAAAUCUUGUAUUUGCUUUA